CAUGGAGAAGGAGGGCGGAUGACAGCCGGGACCGUGGUCAUCACCGGGGGCAUCUUGGCCACAGUGAUCCUGCUCUGCAUCAUCGCAGUGCUUUGCUACUGCCGGCUCCAGUACUACUGCUGUAAGAAGGACGAGUCAGAAGAGGAUGAGGAGGAGCCUGACUUUGCUGUGCACUCGACCCUGCCCCCACUGCACUCCAACCGCAACCUCGUGCUGACCAACGGGCCGGCCCUCUACCCAGCAGCCUCCACCUCUUUCAGCCACAAGUCUCCACAGGCCCGCACCCUCUGCCGCAGCUGCUCCUACUACGAGCCUCCCACCUUCUUCCUGCAGGAGCCGGAGGACCAGGGUGUGCACAACGGAGGUGAGCGCGUGGCUUACAAGAGCAUCAGCCAGGAGGACAUGGAGCUGCCUCCCGGCACCUUCGGGGGCCUGCAGGCGCUCAAUCCCAACCGUCUCUCGGCCAUGCGCGAGGCCUUUUCCCGAAGCCGCAGCAUCAGCACCGACGUCUGA